AUGGCAUCUGCCAGGAAAACAACUGGGGUUCCCUCAAUGCCCACGGGGCAGGCACCGCGAUCCAAGAAACGACCCCCGCCGCCGCCCUAUUACCUUCCAUUGAAUAUAACGCUCUAUGUGUUCCUCAUCUCCAAUGCAAUUGCGGCGUUCCUUGCGCCCAUUCAGGAUUGUGAUGAGGUCUUCAACUUUUGGGAACCCACACAUUAUCUUGACCAUGGAUAUGGACUUCAGACGUGGGAGUACUCCCCGGUAUAUUCGAUCCGGAGCUGGCUCUAUGUGACCAUUCAUGCUAUUAUCGGGAAAGUAGCCUCCCUUGCUUUGGUUACGAAAAGCUCUCAGUUCUAUGCGAUCCGGUUUUUUCUAGCCCUCGUUUGUUCCGCCUGUCAGACCCGACUAUAUGCGGCAAUCUGUCGAACACUCAGCCCCAAAAUUGGCCUGUUCUUUCUUAUGAUCGUUGCGUUCAGCCCGGGCAUGUUUCACGCCUCCGCAGCAUUCCUUCCCUCCAGUUUUACUAUGUACAUGUCCAUGCUAGGUCUCACAGCCUUCUUGGAUUGGCGACGUCAGAAGAUCGCACAAGGAAUUAUGUGGUUUGGCCUCGGUGCGAUUGUCGGCUGGCCUUUUGCCGGUGCUUUGAUCGUUCCACUUCUGCUCGCAGAAGUUCUUGUCGGCUUUAUCUCGGGGUCCCUGGGGACUGUCAUCUCUGGUAUCUUUAGUGGAGCCCUCAGGUGUCUGGCAAUCCUAGCUGCGGAAAUUGCUGUGGACUAUGCUUUCCUCCGAAAAUUUGCUGUUGUCCCUUGGAAUAUCGUCGCCUAUAACAUCUUUGGAGGAGAAGGCAAGGGCCCAGAUAUCUUCGGCCAUAUUCCGACCCCAAUCGACCAAGAAGGAGAUGCCGCUACGAACCUUGCUGUAAUUGCGCCAUUUUAUAUGUGGUUUGCGAUCUUCACCGCUCAGCCUCACAAGGAAGAAAGGUUCAUGUAUCCCGCGUACCCUUUCCUUGCUCUCAAUGCGGCGAUCGCAAUCCACAUCAUCCUAUCCUACGUUGGGUCUAAAGACUCGAAAGGGGCCAAAGGAAGCUUGUUAGCCCAAGCCAAGCUUACCAUCGUGGCGGCUGUUGUUCUUGCCGCUAUCAAUGCUGGCUUGCUGCGGACCGUCGGAAUGAUCACCGGCUACAACGCCCCUCUGAAGGUGUUCGAACCGCUCCAGCGGCUGGGCAUUCCCCAGACGGGCGACUCGGUAUGCUUCGGUAAAGAGUGGUACCGAUUUCCAUCUUCGUUCUUCCUCCCUGAUGGCAUGCGGGCCAAAUUUAUCCGCAGCGAAUUCCGGGGGUUGCUCCCUGGGGAAUUUCCCGAUGCCACGGAUUAUCCUGCUCUUUUCGACGGUACAUCGCAGAUCCCCGCAGGCAUGAACGACUUGAACCUGGAGGACCCAGGCAAAUACGUUGACAUCUCCCAAUGCUCAUUCCUGGUGGACUCGUACUUCCCAAGUCGCGAUGCAACCGAGCUGGAGCCCGACUAUAUCCAUGACGAGUCACAGUGGGAGGUGAUGUCGUGCAAGCACUUCCUCGAUGCUUCGCACACGGGCCUUAUAGGCCGCCUGAUCUGGGUGCCUGAUCUGCCGGGGCUGCCGGAUCAAGUGCAGCGUAAAUGGGGGCAAUAUUGCCUCCUGCGGCGGCGUGAUGUCAGCGCCGAGACGGAUUAA